UCAGAGUGCCACAAUGAUCGUGCACAAUAACAGUACAACCUCAUCUUUGUUUCCAAACAUCAGCUCUUCCUGGAUUCAUGGGCCCUCAGACACGGGACUGCCACCAGGAACAGUCACGCAACUUAGCAGCUAUAACAUUUCUCAGGCAGCUGGGAAUAUCUCCUCUCCGGAUGGCACUGACAGUGACCCUCUGGGAGGCCACACCAUCUGGCAAGUGGUCUUCAUUGCAUUCUUGACGGGUUUCCUGGCCCUGGUCACUAUUAUUGGCAACAUCUUAGUUAUCGUGGCAUUUAAAGUCAACAAGCAGCUAAAGACAGUCAACAACUACUUCCUCUUAAGCCUGGCAUGUGCGGACCUGAUUAUCGGGGUCAUUUCAAUGAAUCUGUUUACUACAUACAUCAUCAUGAACCGCUGGGCAUUGGGAAAUCUAGCCUGUGACCUCUGGCUUGCCAUUGACUAUGUGGCUUCUAAUGCCUCUGUCAUGAACCUUUUGGUUAUUAGCUUUGACAGGUACUUUUCCAUCACCAGGCCACUCACUUACCGAGCCAAACGAACCACAAAAAGAGCUGGCGUGAUGAUUGGCCUGGCUUGGGUCAUCUCUUUCGUCCUUUGGGCACCUGCCAUCCUGUUCUGGCAGUACUUUGUUGGAAAGAGAACUGUGCCCCCAGGGGAGUGUUUCAUUCAGUUCCUCAGUGAGCCCACCAUUACCUUUGGCACAGCCAUAGCGGCUUUUUACAUGCCUGUUACUAUUAUGACUAUUUUGUACUGGAGGAUCUAUAAGGAAACUGAGAAGCGUACCAAAGAGCUGGCUGGCCUGCAGGCCUCUGGAACAGAAGCAGAGGCUGAAAACUUUGUCCAUCCGACUGGCAGCUCUCGGAGCUGCAGCAGCUAUGAACUUCAGCAGCAGAACGUGAAGCACUCGGCCCACAGGAAGUACGGCCGCUGCCACUUCUGGUUCACAACCAAGAGCUGGAAGCCCAGUGCUGAGCCGAUGGAGCCCGACCACAGCAGCAGUGACAGCUGGAACAACAAUGACGCAGUUGCCUCCCUGGAAAACUCCGCCUCGUCUGAUGAGGAAGACAUUGGCUCUGAGACAAGGGCCAUCUACUCCAUCGUCCUCAAGCUUCCUGGUCACAGCACCAUCCUCAACGCCACCAAGUUGCCCUCCUCAGACAACCUGCAAGUGCCCGAUGAGGAGUUGAUGAAAGCCAACCUGGAGAGGAAGCCCAACAAACUGCAGACCCAGAAGAGUGUGGAGGAUGGUGGCAGUUUCCAGAGAAGUUUCUCGAAGCUUCCUAUCCACUUAGAGUCAGCCGUGGAUGCAGGCAAAACCUCUGAUGGCAACUCCUCAGUGGGGAAGACCACGGCCACUCUACCUCUGUCCUUCAAAGAAGCGACCCUGGCCAAGAGGUUUGCUCUGAAGACCAGGAGUCAGAUCACUAAGCGGAAAAGAAUGUCCCUCAUCAAGGAGAAGAAGGCAGCCCAGACCCUCAGUGCCAUCUUACUUGCCUUCAUCGUCACCUGGACCCCGUACAAUAUCAUGGUUCUGGUGAACACCUUCUGUGACAGCUGCAUCCCCAAAACCUACUGGAACCUGGGCUACUGGCUGUGCUACAUCAACAGCACGGUGAACCCCGUGUGCUAUGCCCUGUGCAACAAGACGUUCAGAACCACCUUCAAGAUGCUGCUCCUGUGCCAGUGCGGCAAGAGGAAGAGGAGGAAGCAGCAGUACCAGCAAAGACAGUCCGUCAUCUUCCACAAGCGUGUCCCUGAGCAGGCCUUGUAG